GAACUCACUGUGUUUCUGUGACUCUGUAAGUCUGAGCUUUGAGUUUGAGGAGGUGAAGCUCGGAUCUUCAAAUCUGAGCUUCGGAAGCGCAACUCAUACAGAAUCCAGUGAUAGAAUGCUAAAUGCUGUUGCUAUCUGAUAUCGAUCUAUAGUGCGGCGCUGUACCCCUUUUUAGUGGUAGGUUUCUUCGAGCAAUGUGGUUUAAGUUUCUCGGUGGGGUAAGAUAGUUAAAGAAACCAAAUGGAGGAGGGCAUUAAAGGAGAUUAUAAGUUGUCGAGGGGAAUUGGAAGUUUUAAGUCUACAUUGUCAGGGCGAUCAAGUCCACGAAACUCUCCUUCAUUCAAGAGAUUGCAUUCAAGCCGUACGCCCCGAAGAGAAGCUAGGAGUAGUGGAGGUGCACAGUGGUUUCGGAGCAAUCGGUUACUGUUUUGGUUGUUACUGAUUACUCUUUGGGCUUAUCUUGGAUUUUAUUUUCAGUCAAGUUGGGCACAUAGCAAUAACAAGGAUAAUUUUUUGGGGGUUGGAAAUGAAGAAAGCAAUGAGAAGGCGGAUGCUGAGCAGAUUCAGCGGCGAGAUUUGCUUGAUAGUCCGGCGGCCCUGAAAAAUGAGACUGGCCAAAAUCAAACAGAAGCUGAUAAAAGCAUAGGUGUGGGUUUGGCAAAAAAAGAUAAUGGAGCUGCAUCUCGUAGGAGCCUCAGUGCAAAGAAGAAGAGUAAGAAAACAGCUCGUGGUAAAGCCCGGGGUAAGCCGAAGAAAAGUGUGCCUGUUGAAAUCCAUGAGAUGGAAGAGCAGGAACCGGACAUUCCUAAGACCAAUGCAUCUUAUGGAAUGCUCGUUGGUCCAUUUGGUUCUACAGAGGAUAGAAUUUUAGAAUGGAGUCCUAGAAUACGAUCUGGAACCUGUGACAGGAAGGGGGACUUUGCCCGUCUCGUAUGGUCAAGAAGAUUUAUGUUAAUUUUCCAUGAACUUUCAAUGACUGGAGCACCACUAUCAAUGAUGGAGCUGGCGACAGAGCUUUUGAGCUGUGGAGCCACAGUUUCUGCCGUAGUUCUUAGCAAGAAGGGUGGCUUGAUGCCAGAGCUUACUAGGCGAAAAAUCAAGGUUCUUGAAGAUAAAGCAGAUCAUAGCUUCAAAACUGCCAUGAAACAAGAUCUCGUUAUUGCUGGUUCAGCAGUCUGUGCAUCAUGGAUUGAUCAAUACAUUGAUAAGUUCCCAGCUGGUGCAAGUCAAAUUGCUUGGUGGAUCAUGGAAAACCGGAGAGAGUACUUCGAUAGGGCAAAGGUUGUGCUAGGUCAAGUAAAAAUGCUGGCUUUUCUAUCAGAAUCACAGUCAAAACAAUGGCUAGAUUGGUGUGAAGAAGAAAAGAUUAAGCUGAGGGAGAAGCCAGCAAUUGUGCCACUGUCAAUUAACGAUGAAUUAGCAUUUUCAGCUGGCAUAGGUUGCUCGCUAAAUACUCCAGCAUCUAGUACUGAGAAGAUGCUGGAAAAAAUGAAGUUAUUGCGAGAUGCAGUCAGGAAGGAGAUGGGGUUAACAGAUAAUGAUAUGCUUGCAAUAUCUCUAAGCAGUAUAAACCCUGGAAAGGGCCAGCUCUUGGUUCUGAACUCAGCACGCUUGGUAAUAGAAGAACCUCAGCCAGAUAAUCCUAAGAUAAAAAAUUCAGUACGGAAGGGUCGAGCCCAUUCUGCCUUGGGUAGAAAGCAUCACUCAAGAUCUUUGCUUCAAAGGUUCAAUGAUCAUGCUGUAUCAUUAAAGGGAUUUCCACUGUCCACUAAAUCCAGUGUCCACUUUAAAGAAUACCGGAAGAAGCAGUUGCAUUUACGUAACCGCUUUGCCUCUGUUGAUGAAUUAAAUGCCUCAAACUUCAUUGUCACUCACAAGAGGAAAGUAUUGUCAGAUAAUGGAGGAACAGUGAAACAAUCUGCAAAGUUUCUUAUUGGUUCUGUUGGAUCUAAGAGCAAUAAGGUGGCUUAUGUGAAAGAACUCUUAAGCUUUCUAUCUCAGCAUUCAAACCUGUCAAAAUCGGUGCUUUGGACUCCCGCAACCACGCGUGUAGCCUCGCUGUACUCUGCCGCUGAUGUUUAUGUCAUGAACUCUCAGGGUCUGGGAGAAACUUUUGGGAGAGUGACAAUCGAAGCCAUGGCAUUCGGUCUUCCGGUGCUUGGAACAGAUGCUGGGGGCACAAAAGAGAUUGUCGACCACAAUGUAACAGGUCUGCUUCAUCCUCUGGGGCAUCCCGGUACUCAGGUCCUAGCCAAAAAUCUCCGGCUUUUGCUGAAAAACCCAGAAUUAAGGAAGCAAAUGGGAUUGAAAGGAAGAGAAAAGGUGGAGAAGAUGUACUUAAAGCGGCACAUGUACAAGAAAUUUGUUGAAGUUCUUCUCAAGUGCAUGAGACCCAAGUAGACAUCUCUCUCUUUUAUUGCUUCGGAAUUUCAGAGGGUGCUAUGAGUGCAGAACAGAAAUUACGUUCCUCCCAGUGAUUGAGUGAUAGAUGAUACCAAGUGUUGCUAAUUUCUUUUCAUUGAGGAAAUGUAAGAAAUGUUUUGAUUGGUGGAAGAGCUUAUUGGUCUGAAAUUUAAAUGUCAAGCUGAAAGCAAAUUUGUUGCA